AUGGAGGGUGGUGAAAUUUCCGGUAACUCAGAGGCAGACCAAGUUAUUCAACUGACGAAUACUAAUGAUGUUGGUGGUGAUGAUGGCGUUCAUGGUGACUUUCUGACGACAAAGAGUAUUGGUAGUAGUAGUUUUGUUGGUAAUGCUUGUGGGUAUGAUGAUGGCCGUGGUGAUGAUAUUAGAAAAUAUUCGAUAUCAAAUUGUAAUGUUAAUGAUUUUAAAAAUUAUGGUCAUAUUAGUGCAAGUGAUAGAGUUAGUGGUAAAGAUGGUGGUGGCAGUUUUAACAUAAAAGAUGUUAGUUUUAAUUUGAAUAAUAAUAGUAAUGUUGUUGGUGGUGAAGAUUUUGGUGUUCUCAGUCUGACGCUUGGGGUUAUUGGUAACGAUUAUUUGGAUUCAUCUCUCGACGGUAAUAAAUGUUUAAUGAUGAAAGGCACUGGCAAUGACUUAAAUGGUAAUGUUAAUUUUGGUUGUUGUAAUGAUGGUCAUGGUCUUGAUGGUGGUGGUUAUUCGAUGGUCUGUGGUACUGGAAGCGAUCUGAACGUUAUUGGAAAAAAUGAUUGUGGUAAAGAUGAUGGUAGUGAUUGCGUAAUAACAAAUGGUGCCGGUAAUGAUUGUAAUGAAAGUGGUGGUUUUAAUGACUUUAAAAAAGUAGGUAAUAACAAUGUAAUGAAAGGUGGUGCUGUUGGUAGAAAUAUUGGUGGAAUCAAAAAUGAUCGGACUAAUAAUAACUUUUGUGUGGUUAAAAUGAAAUUGGGUUUACUAAAUAUAAGAUCGAUUGGCUCAAAGUACAACAUCAUUUAUGAUUUGAUCAGUGAUGGUUUGGAUAUUUUUGUUGUUACUGAAUCAUGGCAUGGUUCAUCAGAAAAUCCCUCCAUUGCGUUAUCUGCUCCUCCCGGUUACCGCUUUGUAGAUUGUGUAAGAGAUCACGACCCUCUCCAUGGUGGAUUGAUAAUAUUUUUUCGUCUAUGUUUGAAAUGUAAAAAAAUAGCCUUACCUACAGUUACCACAUUUGAAGUUUUGGCGGUCAGGUUCACAGUUAAUAGUCAGGAGUUUAUUUUGCUCGCUAUUUACAGACCGGGUUCUGCACAGCUGUCUGGAUUAUUUUUUAAAGAACUGAUUUCUAUUCUGGAAAACAUUACAGUACUCAGUUCUCGAAUUGUUUUAACCGGGGACUUCAAUGUGCACGUUGAAAAGACGAAUGAUCCUCAUGCUGCUAAUUUAAAUGAAAUCUUUGAUAAUUUUCAACUCAUCGAUCGUGUAAAGGCACCAACACAUUUACGUGGUGGUACACUAGACUUGAUAGUAACCACCGAGGAUUUUCCAAAAAAGCCAAAUUUGUCUCAUCCGUGGCUCUCGCAAAAAGUUGAAUUUGCUUCACGUUCACGAUUUGUUUUUAUUACAAAGCGAUGCAUUUUAAACACUUUAGUAAGACAUAGAGGUCUAGUGUCAGAGUGGUUAGCGUGUCCGUCUACUACUCUCACAACCCGGGUUCGAAUUCUGCAGUUUCUGCAGGUUCAUCCGGGUAGCCGACCCCCGGCCAACCCAACCGUCCAUUCUUCCAAGGUCGAUAAAUGGGUAGACGAAGGGUAUACCAUUGGGUCAAAAGCUGAAAUGGGCAAACUACGGUCUAUCAUAUACCUCAUUGCAAAAAUGUUAAACGAAAUAAUUAGACCAUACAUCCCUAAUAGCUACAUAAUAUCUACAACUUAA